GGUCGUGUGCCAGCUCGCCCGUCGCGUCUGGCGCGAGCUGCAGCCCAGGCGGCCGGAGCAGCACCGGCGCCACCCGCUGCUGCGCAUCGCGGAGGUGGGCGUGUUCCAGGGGCGCAUUCCGCUGCUGGUCCUGUCGAGACGGUGCUGGGGCCCUUCGGGUCGGCCCCCGCUGCAGUACCACCUGAUCGACCCCUGGGAAGAUCGAAUGAGGAGUUCGCCAGCAUGCGCCAGUGGGCGGUGGGAAGCUCCGCUGGAGACGCGCUCACAGGCGAGGCGGUCUUCUCCGAGCUGCGGCUGCAGCUGUCGAGCUUGGCGCCUGACCUGCCAGUGGAGGUCGUGCCGGACGGCGUCGUGAUCGGGGAGGAUGACCGGCCUGGUGUUUUCAUGCACCGCAAGCUCUCGGAGCGGGCUUUCGGGUCGAUUGCCAGCGUGCACCUCAGCUUCAUCGACGGGGACCACAGCCUGGAGGGCAUCACUGGCGACCUGCUGGGCAUGGCACCCCGGACGCGGUGCGUGCUUGCGGGGCACGACUACGCGAUGUCCCGGUUCCCUGGCAUCCCGAUCGCGCUGUCCCGCUUCCUCGGGAGCCGCGUUGCGCCAAGGUUCCACGGCCAGACCCUCUAUCUGGACAGCGACUUCGUAUGGUGGGUGCGAAGCCCCGUGCCCUGGCACGCUGCCCAUUCCGUUGGCCGCGAUUGGCCCCGACUGGCCACGGGCCCGCGCCGACCGCGCGGCGCCAUGGCGGUCCCGUCGUCCGGGCCGCCGGCGCCUCCUGGCUGCGAGCUGCGUUCUGUGCCGAACAAGGGCUUGGGCCUGUUCGCGCUGGGCAGCCACGGCGCAGGCGUCCAAGUCUUCACGGACGAGCCGGUGUUUGGCAUCCAGCACACUGGGAACCGCCGAGUGGUCGCUGCAUGUGCGAACUGCUGCGCUUUUAUAGGCUCCCUGCAGGCGCAGCUGGAGACUUUGUUCGGUGAGGCCAGGUUUGCGCCUCUCAUGGGCUCAAUCGGCGGCCUGGUGCAGCACUGGGACGCCACGUUGCAGCAAGCUGGGGCCGCCGCUGGCUGGUCCUGCGGGCCUGGCGCGCGCUGCCUCCAGGGCUGCGGCGAGCUCUACUGCUCCGAGGCGUGUCGAGACGCUCACUUCCGGCACUCGCACAAUUUGCUGUGCACUGGGCCCGUCAAGAGCCAGGAGCACCCGCUAGUGCGGUUUAAGGUCCACGCGAUUGAGCACGCAGACACCCUUCUGCUCGCAGCGCACGUGCUGGCGCACCUGAUCAACCGCGCCAAGGCGGCAGGUGGCGGCGCAGAACGGACGAAGGCACUCAUGGCCGAGCUGCUCGGCUUCUGCCACGCACCCUUUGUCCAGGCCUGCCGAGCGCCGCCAGGAGGUGUCAAGGAUCACGAUUUCAUGCUGCACACACGCGGCCUCGUCACAGAGGCCGCUGCGCUGCUGCAGCAGGCGCUGGCGGAGCAUGCCCCAGAGGAGGCCAACGUGUUGUUCGAGUCGGGCCCUUGGUUCUUUUCCGAGGUGCUGGGCAUGUUCGAAUAUAACAACAUCGACGUCGAGGUGCCGUCGCCAGUGGGCCAGCUCUUCGUGGCGCGCGGCAGCCAGCUGGCAGCGGCAGGUCCAGGAAACCCCCAGGCCGUUGCAGAGCUCGAGGUCCUGGACCGCCUGCUGCGGGAGAAAGAGUGGGUCAUGAAGUGCGUGUGGGGCGAGGAGACUACUGGCAUCUUCGGGGACGACGUAGAGGACACCGCUGCCGGAUGCGCCCCGAACAUCGCGAUGGGGAUAGACGUCGCCAACAUGGACGAGGAGGCGGCAGACGCGGCGGUGGCAGGCGCUGCCAUGGCCCAGGCGCGUGCGGAGGUGAACGGGCUGACGCUGGAGCAGCUGCUGUCGGCGCCCUGGCCCGCCCUCCACGGCACGGCCCUGUUCGCGUCCGUCGCGCGUCUCAACCACUCGUGUGUGCCUAACCUCAAGAUUGUCUUUCCGAGGAAUUCGGCCAGCCUCUCCGCCGUCUCUCUGACGCCCAUCAAUCCCGGCGACGAGCUGUGCAUCUCUUACAUCAUGGAGGACGCAGACGUCAAGAUCCGCCGGCGCCGCCUGCUGGAGUACGGCUUCACGUGCGACUGCCCGCGGUGUCUGCAGGAGGACAGCCUGGCCUCGCGGCGCAACCAGAAGCGCCUGAAAU